UUCAGGGAAUCAGUCAGACAGACGCGCCGCGGCUCUGUGGACGGACAAUCUCUGCUGCAGCUGCAGAAUGAGGACUCUUUGUUUGAACUUUGCCAUCACCUGUCUGUGGCUCCUUCCCGGCACGGUACAGGAGUCAUCUGGUCCUCUAAGUCUAAAGAGCAAACAAUGGAGGGCCGCAGGAGCAGGAGAAAAACCUGAGGGAGCAGCACUGAAGGUUAAACAUGUAUCCAAAGAUUUACAAAUCAUCUCCACAAAACACAAAACCCAUACAUACGGCGCACUGAGCCCCUACGGCUGGCCACAGAACUUUUCACAAGCUCCAGACCAGUAUCUGUACGGCGCUCCUCCCAAAUCCAAGCCUCCUGCCAAAACCUCCACAAAGGCCAAGAAGAUCCUGGGCUGGGGGGAUUUCUACUUCAACGUGAAAACCAUGAAGUUCAGCCUCCUGGUGACUGGGAAAAUUGUGGACCACAUCAAUGGGACGUUCAGCGUCUACUUCCGGCACAACUCUUCCCGUCUGGGGAACAUAUCCGUCAGCAUCGUCCCGCCAUCCAAAGCGGUGGGAUGGGAGGUUCUGGACGGCGCGGUCGACAGCAGCCCCAAUAAAAACUCUGUCCUGUUCCCAGAUCUGAUCCCCCCGCCGUCCACCAGCUCCGCUCCUACUGAGCAUCAGAAAUAUCAGCGGGACAUGAUGAUGGUGACCGAGCUCAACUGCCGCAUCGAGUACCAGCGAACCAACCGGUCCAAGAAGACCAAGCCAUGCAUGUACGACCCAGGGCAGACCUGCUACUCGGAAAACACGCAGUCCCAGGCAGCGUGGAUCUGCGCCAAACCCUUCAAGGUCAUAUGCAUCUUCAUCGCCUUCACCGGCACGGACUACAGGCUGGUGCAGAAGGUCUGUCCGGAUCACAACUUUCAGGCAGAGCAGAACCAGCAGCACCUCGGAUGAGCAGAGGCUCCGCAGCUGGAACAUUUACUGUCUAUACUGUAUAUUGAUCAAACAAACACAAAAAAGAAAAAAAAAUCCUGGGAUUCUGAAAUUGAAAGCGUCUGGCAUCUUUUCUGACUAGAAAUGCACAUUGAAGAGGUUUAAGAGAGCAGUGUGACUUUGUAAAUAGUAUUAACAUGAAACUGCUCCCAUCAUUCCACAUGCCAGGUUUUCCUAAAAGAAAAGUUAGCGAUAUA